AUGCCGACGUCCCAGCCCGGUUCGGAGCCCGCGGAGGAGUUCUGGGUGGACGGCUCCAGGCGGGACGGGACCGUGGAGGAGGUGUACACCCUGGGAGCCGAGCUGGGCAGAGGAGCGACGUCUGUGGUGUACCGCUGUGAGGAGAAGCAGACGCAGAAGCCAUACGCCGUCAAAGUGCUGAAGAAAACGAUCGAUAAGAAAAUCGUGCGCACGGAGAUCGGAGUGCUGUUACGUCUGUCCCACCCAAACAUAAUCGAGCUGAAGGAGAUCUUUGAGACAGACACAGACAUCGCUCUGGUGUUGGAGCUGGUCACGGGAGGAGAGCUGUUUGACCGGAUUGUUGAGCGUGGGUACUACAGCGAGCGAGACGCAGCUCAUGUCAUCAAGCAGAUCCUGGAGGCUGUGGCGUACCUCCAUGAGAACGGCGUAGUGCAUCGCGACCUCAAACCAGAGAACCUGCUGUACGCCGAUCUGUCCCUGGAUGCUCCGCUCAAGAUCGCUGACUUCGGUCUGUCCAAAAUCAUCGAUGACCAGGUGACCAUGAAGACGGUGUGUGGGACCCCCGGGUACUGCGGUGAGCCAGGCUAA